ACUUUCAGGCAGACUAUAGGGGGUAAAGCUGGGGGAAAUCAGUAAGACAGUGAGUGACUAUGGCUCCUCAGCUCUACAUCAGUGCGUACAAAGAGCAGUUCGGCUCCCCACAUGGAGCGAAGAGAGCACCACUGCGACCCACCUCUGCCCACCGUAGGAACAACCCUCAGCCUCGGCCGGACUUUCUGUUUCCCAGGAGCCUACAGCCCAGCUGCAAGUCAACACGCUCGCUUCCACACCCCUCGCCUCCCGUGGACUUUGACCGUCCUCUCUUCCCUCCUGUCACACAUUUCUCAUUUCACAGUCCAGUUACAGCUGGCCCUGGCAACUAUCUGAGAAGUGCAGAGGCAGGAAAACCCCAGCACAUGCCUCCUGUCAACGCAGCUCUGCCCUCUGCUGACAAACUGCAGAAACUGCAGCUCACCGAGCCUCCUGCUGCCACUGGAGUUCACUUCCAUUCAGCUCUGCAGGAGCCACAAAGGAGAACAGACUAUCUGAGAAAUGUGCAGCCACUCUCAGCAGCACAGCGACUCAGGCAACGUGCAGGUGCUCAGCAUCGGACAAGACCUCAAACCAGCAAUCCUUCAGGAACUCAGCACCAAUUUCCACGAGCACAAUAUGACACGACUCACUCUAAUAGCCCCCUGGAUCAUAGUAGCAGGUGCUACAGCUGCUUCCAUGUGGUGAAGCCCUUUCAAGCCGGACACUUCAUCAUCCACCCUGAGUUUGUGUCUGAAUGCCUUCCUUAGGACUACUACACCACCGGCUUACAAAGUGGGACACUUACAGCGGGGGUGGAGAGGUCCUUGAGAUGGCUUCCACACCUAAAUGAAGAAUCAUUAACUUCAUAAUUGUUUAAUUCCUCGCUAAUUAACCCAGUGAGACGGCGAGUAAGAAUGAAUAAUGUAAGUGUAUAGAAUGCACCCCCUCUGCUAUUAUCCCUUUGUGGAUGUGUUUGCAGUUGUGUACUUAAUCAGCAGAGAUCUUGGCAUAAGGGGCUUGACUUUGGCUCUAAUGUGUAUAUGCAUAUGAUAUUAAAGUUGUAUUCUGCUAAUA